UGUUGGCGCAGAAACUCAAAAACUGCUGUAUCUGGGCGUCCGGAACAAAUUUUGUUUUGCCUGCGCAAAUCCCAAGAAAAAGAAAGUGGAUCAUCUUUGCUUUAAGAACUAUAACGGUCCUUCAACGGGGAUGGAAACAAGUGUCAUAGUAGAGGGGUUCAGAAGAAGCGAGGAAGACUAUGGACUAAUCUAUCGUAACUAUAUUGGAGACGGUGAUUCAAGUGUAUUUGCCCGUAUUCAGGAAGGGUGUUAUUACGGCAGGUAUGUGAAAAAAGUGGAAUGCGCAAAUCAUGUUACUCGGGCACUCAACGACAACCUUCACAAAUUGUCCGAAGACACUAAAUAUCCAUUGGAAACUCGCAAGCUCCUUAGUAAGCCAGCGCCAAAUGAAAGCAUAUCAAGGCUGGAACGCAUGGUAAAAGGUGUCCGAACAGCGAUAAAGGAAGCUGGCGUGACAAAAAGUUCGGAAGCGGUAAAAAAUUUGCGCCACGAUUUGCACAACGCUCCAGAUCACGUUUUCGGCAAACAUGACAAAUGCCGCUCAUUUUGCACACGAAAAACAAUUGGCGAGGAAAAUGUACUGCCCCAGAUGGAUGUAGACUUUUUGUGCAAAAUAAGAGCACUUAUUGGAAACCUAGAAAGUAAAUGUGACAGCCUGGUUUUUGACCAAACGACAAACGUCGCUGAAAGGUACAUGGGCUGCGUGGCAAAGUUUACAGGUGGCAAAAGAAUAAACUUUUCAACAGGUGGAUCUUUUCGUCAACGAUGUUUUGGCGCUGGUCUCGCCCACAGUGCAGGACCAAGCUGGCACUUGAGUCCCUGGAAAAAACUGAAAAACCGCAGUCCAGGGCAGGUAUUUAGAAAAAAAAUCCUCUCACGGGAAAAAAGAAAAAUUAAACGAAAAAUGUUAUUUUCAGGAAAGAAAAGUAUGAAGAGAAAGAGGAAUGGGAAAGACGGUUCCUACGACAAAGAAUACGGCCCCCUAGCAGUAAAGGCAGAUAUAGAGGAGGUAGAAAUGGUUGCCAAAUCUAAAGCAUUUCUGCAAAACUUGAGAAAUGAUAUUAAAAAUGGAAAUGAAGAAUGGGAAAGGAAAACUGUUGGGCAACGUAACAAUGAGUUAUGGUUCGAAAAAAGAAUGAACAGACUAACUGCUUCAAAGUUCGGAUUUGUGAUUAAACGCCUACCGCAUACACCUUGCCAUAAUCUUGUAAAAUCCAUCCUCUACUCAAGAUCAUUAACCUCAGAGGCCAUAACUUUCGGAAGAGAUCACGAAGACAUAGCUAUCAAACUUUAUGAAAACUCAACAAACAACAGCGUAGAGCCUUGUGGAUUGUUUAUCGACGUGUCCAAUCCUUUUCUUGGCGCCAGUCCGGAUGGAAUAGUUGGUGAAGAAGGCAUCGUUGAAGUGAAGUGCUUAGCUUCCGUAAAGGAAGAAACUUUGUCAGAAGCGGUAAAAGCUAAGAAAAACAUGUGUCUAGAGUUGUCAAAAGAAGGGGAAAUCAAACUAAAGAAGAAUCACAAUUACUUUUACCAGAUUCAAGGCCAGCUCGCAAUUACAAGCCGCAACUGGUGCGACUUUAUUGUCUACACAAAAAAGGGGGAGAUUUUUGUGGAACGAAUACAAAAGGACACAACAUUUUGGACCAAAAAUAUGUUGCCGAAGUUGACCAGAUUUUACCAGGACUGUUUGCUCCCAGAAAUUUUGGAUAGCAGAAUUGUUAGAGAAAUGAAAUGUAGAGAUCCAGUUUACAUCCUAGAAGCACAAAAAAAACUCAAAAAUGCAAAACAAGAAAAAGCUAAAAAAUCAUAGUUUUUAAAAUCCGUGGUAUCUAAUUCAAAAUUGGCCCAUAAAAUGUUCUCAAAUUAUUAAGAAACACAUCAAAAAAUGCUAACCAAUAACUCUUUUAAUUAACUCAAUGAUAAACAUUAACAAUUUUCAAACUUAAUUAAAGUCUUGUAUUUUUGAUCAUAAUUUUUUCAGCUAAGUUUUUACAAAAUUUCGCAAAUUGGUCCAUUUUCGCAAAGGUCGCCACUAAUAAAUCUUUGUAU